UAAAUAUAUCUAGAUUCAUAUUCCCAAAUGGAAGGAUAUUAUGAAAAUCCAGGAAUUUUCAUUAAUUAAUUGUUACAAUAGGAUGAGUAAAGUGAUUUUGAAGAAGAGUUUAAAUGGCUUUAAGAUUCUUUGAAAAACCUUAAUGCUUAAGUAUUUCAAUUUUAUUUUCUAGUUACGCGGUAAAAAUCAAGCAGGACCAGAGUUUAUUGGAGCACAUCCUAAAUCAUUAUCAAAAGCAAAAUUGUCAUAAAUUAAGUCAGAACUUAAUGAUUGGCUGGUUUGUGAAAAAACAGAUGGAGUGAGGUACUUAUUAAUUAUCCUUAACAAUGGCCAUUGUUAUUUUACUGGAAGAAAUUUAGGAGGAUUAAAAAACUUAAAUCAUCCAUAUCAAUUACAUCUUAUAAAAAUGAAAAUUCCUUCACAAUUGUUAAAUUUUUAGGAAUUGUAAAUAAUUGAGAUGUUUGAUGGAGAGUUAAUAGUAGAGAAUUAUCCAAAUAAUACUUAAGCGCUUAAUUAUUUAAUAUUUGAUACUUUGAUUCAUAAUACUAAUUAGACCUCAAAAUUAUAAUAUUUUGAUAGAUUGAGAUGUGCUUAAGAAUAUUUAGAAUUAAGAAAGCUUCUUAAAAAAUUAGGCCCACUAUAAAACAUUGAUUUUUAACCUUUAAAUCAUUUUCCAAAAAUUAGGUGCAUUCUGAAAGAUUUUUUUCUUCCAAAUAAAGUUAGGUAUAUUUUUAACAAUUAUAUACCUUUGUUGCCUCAUGGUAAUGAUGGGCUUAUAUUUACUAAAAAUUCACUCCCUUAUAUAUCUGGAACAAACGAAAAUAUAGUUAAGUGGAAACCACCAGAAAAAAAUACAAUUGACUUUUUAAUAUGUCCAAAUAAAAAAAUAUAAAUAAAAGAUCCAAAUUAUGGAUUGUUAGAAUUAUACAUAAUGUUCAAUUAAAAACAAACUUAAUCCUAUUUUUUGUUUGAUUUUAUCUAUGUCAAAAAAGAAUUGGUAUAAGAAGUUUAAUCUCUUAUUAUGAAUUAAAUAGAAAAACUUGAAAAUCUUGGAUCACAUGAAGGAGUAAAAGGAGUUGUAGCAGAAUGUAAAUUAGAAAGACAACAAUAACAGGUUUAACAAAUUUAAACACUUUAUGAUAUACAAAAAUAUGGUUUUGAUGAAUCAAGAAUAGAAAAUUUUUAUGAAUAACUUUUAAAAAAAACAGAAUUAGCUUUUAGAUUAGAUUAAUCAUUGUUACAAAAUUAGGUUAGUUUAUUGAAAGACAUAAGAGAAAGAAUUCACUUAAAGUAUAAUUUUAAAUUUACAUGGUUAAUUGAAAAAUAUAGAACAGAUAAAACAAAUGCAAAUGCAUUGUUUGUAGCAUAAAAUUUACUUGAAAUAAUAAGUGAAGUAUUUAUUUUCUAUUAUGUAGGACUUAAAAUAAAUAGAAUUGAUAGAUAUUUUAGAAAGUUAAUAAAUAAUGCAAUGA